CAUCCAGACAAAUAUUCAAAUGUGAAACCGAGCUGUGUUCUUAGUGCCUUUUGUGAACCUGUACACUUUUUAGUAAACGCGGUCCAGGAUAUUUGUAUAGAGGUAGCCGUCUAGGACUGCGACAACAUACCAGAAAUCGAAUGCCUGUGUACCGGAAGACCACCCCAAGCAUGCUUCGGAUGAUUCUCCAGUCUAGGUUGUCCAGUGCACAUGCCAGCUUAGGUACUGCCAUUUUUCUCAGGUCCUCGGCAAGCAACACUUCUCUAAGAGAACACAAAGCGUUCCAGACAUCCUAGUAUUUCGGUUUCGGAUACGAAGCUUUCUUGGUAACCAGAUAGAAGAUCUUUCGGU